UGAUGUUUGAUCCCGCCGCGGCGCCCGCAGGGAUGAGCGAUGGAGGGGCCGAGCCUGGCAGGAGCCCCGUGCUGCUGGCCGAGCCCGCGGCCACCGGGCGGCCCCGGGAGAAGGCGCCGACCCGGGCGGAGCUGGAGAGCGCUCUGCGCGGCGGAGGAGGCCGCGGCGGCUUCAAGGACAUCCCGGGAACGUCGGCGAUCAGCCCCGGCUCCUCCAAGGAGUGCGCCCCGGACAGCGAGAGCCCGUCGGGAGCAGGCGAAGCGGACUACUGCCGCCGCAUCCUGGUGCGAGAUGCCAAAGGGACGAUCCGGGAGAUCGUGCUCCCCAAGGGCCUGGACCUGGACCGGCCCAAGAGGACUCGGACGUCCUUCACGGCGGAGCAGCUCUACCGCCUGGAGCUGGAGUUCCAGCGCUGCCAGUACGUGGUGGGCAGGGAGAGGACGGAGCUAGCGCGGCAGCUCAACCUCUCCGAGACCCAGGUCAAGGUCUGGUUCCAGAACCGACGCACCAAGCAGAAGAAGGACCAGAGCAGGGACUCUGAGAAACGCUCCACCGCCACCUCCGAGUCCUUUGCCACCUGCAACAUCCUCCGGCUGCUGGAGCAAGGCCGGCUCCUCUCCGUCCCGGCCCCCCCCAGCCUCCUCUCUCCCACCUCCAACCCCAUCGGCAGUCCUACGGGCAACGGAUCCAGCUUGGGCACCCCGGGAACCACCUCCCCCGGGCUCGGCAGCGGGAACAGCCCCCCAGGGCCCGGAGUCUUCAGCCUGCAGGUCCCUUCUCUCGCCUCCUCCUCCUCUUCCUCCUCCUCGCCCAGGCUGCCGGCCGCCCCGCUGUGCUUUGGGGGGCCGCUCCUGGGCAGCCUGCAUGACCUCCCGGGCACUUACGGACUGGGCACUUCUGCUUUUGAGCCUUACACGCGGCUGGAAAGGAAAGACAAUUCUAUACCCAGCAAGAAGCCAAGCCCUUAAAUCAAAAUGAGUGUCAAAAGGUCUCCCCCCUGCCCCCAUCCCUGCGGCCCCCACGCACCCCGCGCCCCGCACCGGGGUUUGAUUUGGCAAGUGGGAUGUGGAAGAUGGUUUACUGCCCAUCCGGGUGUGUGUGCGAGUGUGCACACACGUGUGUGAGCGUGCACGCCUGGCCCCUCUACCCCAGCCGCACCAAUACAGCCGUGGAUGACACCCUGCAACUUCUCGCCCCCGGGGCUGACACUGAACCUGGUCAUGCCUGGGGAUGUCCCCGGGUGUCCCGUGUCACCAGCACUGUCCCGUCCCUCGCUGACACCGCUGGAUCUGCCAGGGCCACCUCCCCACUCCAGGUAUCACCCGUUCAGGGUUUGGGAGGCGAUGCUGUGGUCUUGCUGUGUGGGCUGGGAGAGAAGCAGCUCCAGGGGGAUUGCUGGGGGGUUGCUGGACUGUCACCCCAGGACCCACGGUGUUGAGGUCACUGCCAAAGCUCCAGGGAGCAGGAGGGUACCCUGAAAGGGAAAGGACAGGGGUCUUUGUCCAGCCCUGGUGUCCCUGGGCAAGUGUUGGGCCUCGGUUUCCCCACCUGCAAAGGGCUUUGUGUUUUGGCUGAGGUUGUCUUGGAGCAUCCUGGUGGCUGUGGGAUCCAGGUCCCCUCUGCCGGCAGGGAGCACUGCUCCCAUGGGAUGCUUGUCUUCCGAGGGACGGGGAGAUGUUGGGGAUUGAUGGUGGUGGUGACCUCUUCAUCCCCCUGCACCAGUGAUCCCUAUGCUCAGGAGCAAGUGGCCGCUCUGACUCUUGAGACAUCCUCAGGCUCCUCCCCGCCUGCUUGUGCAGAGCCAAAACACUGUCCCAGACCACAUUUUGGUGCUGUUCCACCCUGGCAUAUGCCCAAGGAUGCUGAAGGAGGCUCAUGACCUCCUUGGGGAUGCUAUGGUGAGCUGGGGCCAGGCCACCAUCUUGCCCCCCAACUGAGGGUUUGUGAACGCGUGGGCAGUUGUGAAGCUGGGCUCUGUCCCUCUGAGUCAGGUUGAACCAGGGGGGCUCUUUGCCAUCAGCAGGAGUGUGAAGAACCCUCAGCCCUGUCCUGGGGUGCUGGGUGCUCAGCACUGGCACUGCAGUGAGCCCCAUCCUGAACACUGGCUUAGCAGCAAUCCUCCCUUUGCUCCCAUUAUCCAGCAGCACCAUGGUCCAACCCUGAGAGGUGCCGAGCACCCACUGCCUGCAGAGGGAGAGCCCUGCCCUGACCCUCAGGUGGCCCCAGAUGUUCUUCUCACCUCGACACCCUGAUCCCAGAGGGUGACGAUGGCUUCCCGCAGGGUGGGAUUUGGCCUCAGGUAUCUGGUGCCAGGGUUGUUCUCUGGCAGGGCAAGGUUAGGGAUGUUGUGGGGUGAACGAGCUCCAGAGGGCUGAUAGCGGGCUUGGAGCCCCUGCUGGCAAACAAGAGGGGCAUUGCUUGAGGUGAUCCCUGAGGAAAGGGACAGCAUGGUACCCCUGGCAUCUGCUGAGGGGCCUCUACACUGGGCAAUCUGGUCCUUCUGUGGUGUCAGCAUCGCCUUGGCAGGGUACCCUGUGGUGGCAUUGCUUGGCAGGAUGCUCUGGUGGCACAGCCCUAGCAGGACACCCUGCAGAGACAUCGCUGUGGCAGGAGCGGGGUGCUACCCUGAGCCCCCUACCAGUACCCAGGACCUGCCAUGGGGCUCUUCCCCCCUUCCUAACCUGAGGGGCUCCCGCAUCUUCCUGCUGUGGUUUAAUGUAUAAUAACGAUAAUUAUCACUGAGCAACUCCCCAGCCUGGCACCAGCUGAGCAUCACUGCAUGGGCUGCAGACCCCCGCUCAGGCUGCUGGUCUGAAGGGCCUGGUCCCUAAGGGGGACACAGCUGCUAGCCCGUGUGUUCCCAGGGUUUUACAGGGCAAUAUUUAAAAUAAACGAUUUUAUGAAAAGGUAUCAGUGAUUUUUAUUUCUCCUUUAAAUCAAGCAUUUCUAUGAAAUAGUAUUUAUUGAUCACCUCACAUCUGGAGCACUUUAUGGGAGCGAGCCCUUAGGUCUGGCGCUGCUCUGCGGGGCUCAGGAGGGGUCAGCAGGUGGGGAAACUGCAGCAGGGUUUGCCCGGGGAUGUAGAAAGCAGGGACGGAGUCUGGUUCAUGGUGAUGAGCUCCCCUCUCCCGGCCCAGCUCAGACCACAGCUUGCUGCCAACACCUCCCUACCUAAAUGUGGUAUUUGCUGGAUCCUCCUGGUGCCCCGGGGUGCUCAAACCCCGACACCCCAAUGACGUGUUUGACUGAGGUUUUGGACUUUUGACAGGACAAUGACCUUCUCCCUUUCCCUCAUCACUUAAUUUAUAUUUAUAUUGCCAUUCUUUAUCCUUCCCCAGUCUGCAAACGUGGUAUUUAAAGACAGUGAGCCGAGGCAGGCAGAGCAGGCAGCAGGGAAGCUGUGCCCACCUGGCUGUGCCAAGACAGGGGGAUCCUGCCUCCAAACCUCCCCCGGGACUGGUUUUGCUUUGGUUUUCCCUCUUUUCCCUGGGAGUGGCUGAACUGCGGGAAUUUUCUGAGGCUGUUGGACCCCGGUUCCUCCCACCCUGGGCUCACUGGGAGGAACCUUGGUCUGGUUUGAUGGAGAAGUGGCCUCCUUGCACCUUCACAGGUGGAGGAGGUUUUGGGGACAUUUCAGAGAUAGCAAGGUUCAAUUGUGUUUUCAAAAGAGCCCCCAAAGCCUGAGAGUUUCAGUGGGUCCCCAGUGUGUUUGCCCAGCUCUGGGUCUCCUACAUCCUCCUCCCACUGCUCAGCAGCCAGAGGGAGAGGUGGAAAGCGAGGCAGGGAGGCCACGGGCUGCCCUGCAAUGAAACGGCAAGUACUUUCCACAAAUUUAUACCCAAAUGCUGCUUUCACAAAGACCGCAAGUCUGACCCAAAGCUGCUGCUUCUCCAAAGUCUCUUCUCCCAAAGCAGAUGUCCCCAGUGAAGCUGUCCCGGGGGGAUUUAGGAAGGUCCUGCAGGGAAGCCGGCUUGCCACAGCUCACCCUGCUCUGCUCGCCUCCAGCAGCUCCUCUGGACUUGUACAAUUUGAAAAAAAAAAAAAAAAGUUUAAAAAAGUACUGGAUGUAAAUCUUUAAUGAAUA